UCCGAAUCCCAUUCCGUAAAUCUAGAAGCACCCUCUCUCUCUUUCUCUAUGGAAGCCAUGGCGGCCAAACUUAUGCAUGCGGUUCACUACGACGCUUACGGCGGAGGACCCUCUGGUCUCAAGCAUGUUGAGAUUCCGAUCCCAAGUCCGAAGAAAGAUGAGGUUUUGCUCAAAGUGGAAGCGGCUAGCAUAAACCCAGUUGAUUGGAAGAUUCAGAAAGGCGUUGCGCGCCCUCUUUUCCCACGCAGAUUUCCUUAUGUUCCUGUUACUGAUGUGGCUGGAGAGGUCGUGGAGGUUGGACAAGGAGUUCAGAAGUUUAAAGCAGGCGACAAAGUUGUGGCAUAUCUCCACAUAUCUAGUGGCGGUGGAUUUGCUGAAUAUGCAACUGCAACUGAGAGUUUGACGGUUAGUAGGCCACCUGAAGUUUCAGCAGCUGAAGCUGCAGGAUUACCUGUUGCUGGUCUCACAGCUCACCAAUGUCUCACCCAAGCUGCAGGAGUCAAGCUUGAUGGCACCGGCCCGCAGAAGAACAUAUUGGUUACUGCUGCCUCUGGUGGUGUGGGUCAGUAUGCAGUCCAACUAGCAAAGAUGGGAAACACUCAUGUCACAGCUACUUGUGGAGCUCGUAACACUGAUUUUGUCAAGAGCUUAGGAGCUGAUGAGGUUCUUGACUACAAGACCCCAGAAGGGGCAGCUCUGAAGAGUCCAUCUGGUCGCAAAUAUGAUGCAGUGAUCCACUGUGCAACGGGUGUUCCUUGGUGCACUUUUGAGCCAAAUUUGAGUCCAAAUGGGAAGGUUAUAGACAUUACUCCAGGUCCAAGUGCAUUGCUUACUUCUGCUCUAAAGACACUCACUUUCUCCAAGAAGAAACUCGUGCCGCUGCUCAUGAAUGCCAAGGCAGAGAAUCUGGAUUAUCUUGUGAAGUUGGUGAAGGAUGGAAAGCUGAAAACGGUAAUCGACUCAAAGUAUCCUCUGAGCAAGGCUGAAGAAGCUUGGGCUAAAAGUAUUGAUGGGCAUGCUACUGGGAAGAUCAUUGUGGAGCCUUUAUAGUUAUAGUAAGUUACCAAGUGUGUGUUGCAUAUACUUGGUAUAUGCUAAACUGCUAUAGAAUGUCUGGACUUAAAAAUAUGUGGAUUAUGUUAUACAGUACAUGACAGGGUCAGACAUGUAAUCUUCUCUUGUUUAUUGGAAGAUAAGAGUAUUAUACUAUUAUACA